AUUAGAACGCACUUGGACAUUAGAUUACUAACAUGCCGCGUUAACAUGCUUGUUUAUCCCAGUUCGCAUUCGCAGUUCAACCACUAGGGGUUAGAGUGUCAAUUAACAGCCAUUUCUACCACGGAGAUAACGCAUAUGUAGCAUCUAAUCAAAUACGAACUAAAACAAAAAGGUAUCCCAUAUUUGCACUUUCUGGUUGGUUUAGUUUCACGGGAAGUCGAGGAAACAAUAUUCUUUUUAAAGAUGUAUAAAAGAACAUGAUAAGUGCUGCUUGGUCGGGGUUAUGACACGCCUCAGGGACUGGUCAUCGGCGAACAUUGAGCAACGGAGGAACGGUAAUUAGCACAACUGACUCAAGGUCUCCGCGGUGGAAAUCAAAGCGGAUAGCCGCCUGAGCUAUUUUACGGGCAGCCGACAUCCGAGGUUACACGGAAUGGGGAAGGCUCAGACCUUCCACCACUCCAUCCCGUUCGUCGCCCACAAGCGUCUGACCACCGUGUCCCCUCCGGCACACACUGUGAGGCUGAGACCCUCAAUCAUCCUCGCCGAGAUUGACCGCAUCAACCACAAGGUCCGGCCGUCGCUCGCCUAUCAGCCCGCCGAGGACUACCUCAACUCUCGCUCCGCAGUGACGUUUGAUGACGAAACACGUUCGAUCCGGGCUCAGACAGCGGCGCUACUUAAACGCAUCCACGAACCAUUGCCCCGUGCUACUAAGAUCUUCCCCAUCAGUGUCGCCAGGUAUCAGGAGUCGCCUGUACCAGAACGCAUCACCUCCGACGCCUACAUCCGUCGCCUGUUGGGACCGACUCACAACGUGAGACAAGAGAUACUCAGUAUAUCGCAUUACGAUGAGCCCGCAAAGCGACUCAUGGGUAAGGGGCACCUGGCGUGUGUCAGCUUCGCAGGAGGACGUGCCUUUCCUAGGAGGAAGAACCUCUAUGAUGACGACCGCGUUAAAAAUGACGUCCAGUACUUGUCACACUACAAGAAGAACAGAGAAGCAGCCGAAAACCCACAUCCGGCUUUGGUUGCAGCACUGUCUGGAGAAUGGUACCGUAACCCGUCAGCUUAUACCUCACCGCCCAGAUCCAGACCAAUCAGUCGCUUCUACAGGCCCACUUACGUUCCAGACGACAAUCUGUCGUACCACGAAUCUCCUUCUCCACCAAUCAGGAAGACACCUCCAUCUCGCAGCCAUUCACAGCCGGCUACCGAAACACUUUUAUCCACAGUACGAGCUGAGAGACAGAUAUCACUCAAAGAAGACAACUCUGAAGAUAGAAUUAACCGCAGGAAAAAGAAGAGGCAGGAGGAAGCAAAAUUAACCGAGGAAAAGGCUCUAGAGGAGCAGGCAGAAUUAGAAAAGCAGCAAGAGGAAGCCAGGCAAGUGGAACUUGCUAGACAGGAGAAGCUAGCUCAUGAGGCUGCUCUAGAACGCCAAAAGGAGCUUGAGAGAAAGGCAGAACUUGCCAGGCAAGCCGAGGAGGAGGCGGAGAGACAGGCAGAGCUGGAGCGCCAGGAAGCCGAACGCAAGGCAGAGGCUGAGAGACAGGCUGAGCUUGAGCGCCAGGAAGCCGAACGCAAGGCAGAGGCUGAGAGACAGGCUGAGCUUGAGCGCCAGGAAGCCGAACGCAAGGCAGAGGCUGAGAGACAGGCUGAGCUUGAGCGCCAGGAAGCCGAACGCAAGGCAGAGGCCGAGAGACAGGCUGAGCUUGAGCGCCAGGAAGCCGAACGCAAGGCAGAGGCUGAGAGACAGGCUGAGCUUGAGCGCCAGGAAGCCGAACGCAAGGCAGAGGCCGAGAGACAGGCUGAGCUGGAACGCCAGGAAGCCGAACGCAAAGCUGAAGAAGAGCGCCAAGCUGAAGCUGAACACCAGGCAGAACUUGAGCGCCAACGUCUGGAAGAAGAACUGGCUAAACUUGAAGGAGACGCAAAGGAAACUGACGUAACGUCGGCCACUGAAGCUACGUCUGACGUCCUUUCAGACGAAACUGCAGCAGAACUUACAAAAGAAUCGGAAGCUGCACCUAAAAGUGAAGAGGAACCGGAAAAGGAAGACGGAGAAAAAGAGGUUGAAGCUGUGACGAGCCCAGGAGCGGAAGAGGAUUCAGGUCCCGAGCCCGUGGUGGAGGAACCCUCGUCACCAGAAGCUACACAGGAACCAACAGCAGGCAGUGCCGCACAAGAGGUUCACGAAGAGGAAGAGGAAGAUGAGGAGGAAGACGAAUAAUGAUGCAUAGCAGCGUUAACGUCUCUGGUACCUGCCCAAACAGAACGAAGGAAGGAAAGCAUUCCGUCGCAAAACAACUGGAAGUAAAGGAUGACCACAGGCGGUAGCACACUGAAUUCAGGGGGCAAGUAUCUUUUUACACAAGAAUAAAAAUUGAGUGGUAAUUGCUAUUUUCUGUUUGAAACGGCGAUAAUAUCUCUCCUAUGAGUGCUGUUUGACAAGAGUUAUUGCUGUCUAGCGUCUUUUUUAUGCUCUAUUUAAGAAAGAUUGAUAAAGUUUAUUUCAAUACAUCUCUGCUGUUUGAUGGUGUUGUCAAAUAGAACUGAUGUAAUUUACAACGUUUACAACCAUCUAAACCAAUAUUUCUUCAUACGGUUUUAUAGAAGUGCGAACUUGCUCCAUAUUUUUAAUCUGAUAUGUAUUAUCAAUUACAGCAUGUUCUUAACUCGUUCAAUUUACACGGCUUUAUUUUGCGAACUAAAGUUAUUUGCAUUUAUUGAUUCGUUUACCUCUAUGUUAUUUUUCACUGUUUUUCCCCCCACAGAAAAUCAAUAACAGCUUUACAUAUCUCUGACACAAUGUUCCGUGUAAAAAAUCAAGCAGUUGUGGUCAUGAUAACAUAUUGUAUUUCGUAACUGAAUAGUAUUGAUGUAUAUGUGAUCUUAUUUACAUGUAUAAAUAUAAAUAUAGACUAGAAAUAAUUAAAUAAAAUCCCUAAUAAACAUUACUUAUAAAAUGAUGUUUCUUAAAUAUGUCGGAACAGUGACACAGAACACAUUACAUUAAAGAAUUUGUAUUAUGAUUAAUCUAAUUGGAGUGUUAUUUCCAUACAAUACUAUUUUGUUUUUCAGACUGCUGUUACAAACAUGUAAUUCGCAAUAAAAUCUAUUCCGAUCACAAACUAUGCAAAGUUUA